UAUUGAGCUAUUGUAAACAGUUGUUUUUCAAAAAAACAUAUUAUUAUACUAAAUAAGAGUGAUUACAGAAUGUGAAAUCUACAAGAUAAACAUCGCUUAUGUAAUCAAACAGUGGAUUUUGAAAUUCAUCAAUAUUUGGCUAACAAUUGUAAAAGAUAUCGCAAAAUUUCUAUUGAAAAUCGUUAUUGACUUUUUGUUCGAUUACAUCGAUGAAAUAUUGGAGCGCUAAAAUUAGAAUGUGAGAAAGGAUUUUAAGGAAAGAAAUACAUGAAAACUGUAGAUUUUUUAACAAUAUCGAAGAAAUUUUACAAGAGAUAUGUUUUAUAGAAAUUAUGGAUGGCAUAUUUAAUGUACAUAUGCUCGAACAUUAUUAUUUAAUGAAGCACGCAUGCGAUAUUAUGAGCGCAAGCUCAACAACAACCAUCACCAGACUAUUACAAACAGUCGCUUUCCAACUGUCCAACAACAUGCACGUCUCUGUUCGAGAUCCGAUCAACGAACCGCGAAAUCCUAAUUACGAGAAAGAUAUAGCUUAUGUUACAAAACAUAACAAAUGGGUUCUUGCUUCUAUUGGCAUUUGGCCAACAGUGUUAAAAAAUAUCGGUAAAAUUUUACCGAAAAUCGUGAUUGGAUUCAAUAAUUUACUGUGUUUUUUUACUCUGAUCCAAAGUGCAUUACACAUCAUAUUGGAGCAAAAGGAUGCAUUACUAAGAUUGAAAUUUCUUGGUUUAAUUUUUUUCUCCUUCAUGUCAUUGAUGAAAUAUUGGGCUCUAACGCUACGCAAACCGGAAAUUGAACACUGUAUCGAACAAGUGCAAUCAGAUUGGAAACAGGUAGAGAUAGAAAAUGAUCGCGAAUUAAUGUUAAAAUAUGGAAUAAUUGGCCGAAAUUUGACCAUUUAUAGUAUUUUGUUCAUGUACCUUAGUGGUAUUAUAUAUAUUUCUAUUAUGCAAUAUGCGAUGGGAUCGCAGAUUAAUGAACAUAAUCAAACGAUUAAAAUGUUGAUUUAUCCUGCAUAUGGCGGUUACAAUAUUCAAAAAAGUCCUACUUAUGAAAUUAUAUAUGGUAUUCAAUGUAUAUGCGAAUAUGUCUUCGACACUAUAGCAUCUGGUGCUUGUGGUUUGGCCGCUCUUUUUGUAACCCAUGCAUGUGGACAAAUUGAUGUUAUUAUGUCUCGAUUAGAUGACAUAGUUGCUGGACAAUACAAAAAAAAUUCAAAUGCGAAUAUACGACUGAUGGAAAUUAUUAAACAUCAUACGAGAAUUUUAAAAUUUUCAGCUGUGGUUGAAACAGUUCUACAAGAAGUGUUCUUUUUGGAAUUUGUUAGUUCCACUUUUGUAAUAUGUUUACUUGAAUAUUAUUGCAUUACGGAUUGGGAACAAAAAAAUAUAAUUAGUCUGACAUCAUAUAUAUUACUACUAAUAUCAAUGACAUUUAAUAUGUUUUUAUUAUGCUACAUUGGUGAUCUUCUAAUAGAAAAGAGUGGUAACGUCGGAGUAGCCGUGUUCAUGAUUGACUGGUAUCAUUUACCAACGAAAACGAUUCAAAAUCUUANCUUGAUCAUGGCCAUGUCGAAUACUCCCGCGAAACUUAGUGUCGGUAGAAUACUUGAUUUAUCCUUAUCUACUUUUGGAAAUGUUUUAAAAACGACAUUCGUAUAUUUAAACUUUCUUCAGACUGCUGUUAUGUAAUAAUUAUAAAUGUUUUAUUGUUUUCGAUCAUAAAAUAUUGAAUAGUAAAUAAAGAAAUAUGCUAUAAUGAUAGUUGCUUAAAUUUUU